AUGAAGAGGGGGGAGGGGGGAGAGGGGAGGAGCAAGUACAAGGGAGUGAGGAAAAGGAAGUGGGGGAAGUGGGUGUCGGAGAUUCGGCUUCCCAACAGCCGGGAGAGGAUAUGGCUGGGAUCGUACGACACGCCAGAGAAGGCGGCGCGGGCCUUCGACGCCGCCGUGAUGUGCCUCCGCGGCCGGAAAGGCGGCGCCUUCAACUUCCCGCAGAAUCUCCCCGACAUCCCCGUCCGCCGCUCGCUCCCGCCGGCGGAGGUGCAGGCCGUCGCCUCGCGAUUCGCGAACGAAGCCCCGCCGGCGGCGCCGCCGGCAGACGGCGGCGUGGGGGCUCAGUCGGGGCUGGAGUUGCCGGAGUCGCCGGAGCAGUGGACGACGUCCGGGGGAACGGCGGAGAGCGGCGGCGAGGAGUCGCUGGACUGGUCCUUUCUCGACUCCGCGGGGUCCACCUGGACGGAGCACGGCGGCGCCGACUGGCCGGGCUUCUACGACAUGAUCGACGAAUUCCCCUGCGAGUUCCUCCCGACGCUGGCGGCGCCGCCAGGCUUGCCGGAUUUCAUGGAGGAGCACGGCGGUGCUUCUUUCUACGCUCAGUCCUCCUUCCUAUGGGACUUUUGA